AGCCUUUUAAUCCGUGGAUGGUCACGAGACAGUCCUGUGAUGCGCGAGAGGGGAGGAGAAAAUAUCAGCACGAUGAUGAUGAUGAUGAGAGAUAUAUGAUCCUCCUAAAAAACAAACCCUUUCAUCCAAGCAGCCUGCUCUUUUAAAAGCUGUUCUUCUCUCCGGUAACCGGAUAGUGAUGCGGAAUAACAGAUGAGCUCCGAGGCCUAUCGGUUAACGUUACCGGGGAGAUGCUGGCAGCCGCCAAGAUGAUCCACAGCCUCUUCCUGGUGAACGCGUCGGGGGACAUCUUUCUGGAGAAGCACUGGAAGAGCGUGGUCAGCAGAUCCGUCUGCGAUUACUUCUUCGAGGCUCUGGAGCGAGCCACGGAACCGGAGAACGUUCCCCCGGUGAUCCCGACCCCGCAUCACUUCCUCAUUAACGUGCUCCGACAUCGCAUCUACUUCGUGGCCGUCAUUCAGAGCGAAGUGCCUCCUCUGUUUGUGAUCGAGUUCCUGCAUCGUGUGGUGGACACCUUUCAGGACUAUUUCGGGGUUUGCUCCGAGGCAGCUAUCAAAGACAAUGUGGUGGUGGUCUACGAGCUGCUGGAGGAGAUGCUGGAUAACGGCUUCCCUCUGGCCACCGAAUCAAACAUCCUAAAAGAGCUCAUUAAGCCUCCUACCAUCCUGCGCACAGUGGUCAACACCAUCACAGGAAGCACUAAUGUUGGUGAGCAGCUUCCUACAGGUCAGCUGUCGGUGGUUCCGUGGCGGCGCACGGGUGUCAAAUAUACCAACAACGAAGCUUAUUUUGACGUGGUGGAAGAAAUCGAUGCUAUCAUUGACAAAUCAGGUUCCACUAUCACAGCAGAGAUUCAGGGAGUGAUAGACGCUUGUGUCAAACUCACAGGAAUGCCGGAUCUCACCUUGUCAUUCAUGAACCCUCGGCUGCUGGAUGACGUCAGCUUCCACCCCUGCGUCCGGUUCAAGCGCUGGGAGGCCGAGCGAAUCCUGUCCUUCAUCCCACCAGACGGAAACUUCCGCCUCCUGUCCUACCACGUCAGCUCUCAGAACCUGGUGGCCAUCCCAGUGUAUGUGAAGCACAACAUCAGCUUCAGAGAGGGCAGUUCUCAGGGGCGCUUCGAGCUCACCCUCGGCCCGAAGCAGACUAUGGGUAAAGCGGUGGAAUCAGUCCUGGUGAGCAGUCAGCUGCCCCGCGGCGUCCUCAACGCCAACCUCAGCCCCUCGCAGGGCACCUACACCUUUGACCCCGUCACCAAGCUCCUGUCUUGGGAUGUGGGUAAGAUAAACCCCCAGAAACUGCCCAGUUUAAAAGGAUCUGUGAGUCUCCAGACUGGAGCCUCCAAACCUGACGAAAACCCAACAAUCAACAUCCAGUUCAAGAUUCAGCAGCUGGCCAUCUCAGGUCUGAAAGUCAAUAGGCUGGACAUGUAUGGCGAGAAGUACAAACCUUUCAAAGGCAUCAAAUACAUGACCAAAGCCGGCAAAUUUCAAGUCCGAACCUAGACGACCUGUUCCUACAUUCUGUAAUUUAUUCAGUUGGUUUACGGCGAAAUGGGGACGAAGAAAAGCGAGGGAACAAGUUUGAGUAAAUCCAUCUCCUUCGGAAUGCAUUUCAGAAUCAAUUCAGGAAAAUGUAAGAUAAGACUGUCAGUCAUUAAUGGAAGGAUAUGACUUCCAGAGAGAUUAUAUUGUGAUUAACACUAUCAAAAUCUGCUUCUACAGGUCCACCCGAGUUAAAGGGACAGUAACUACAUAUUCCUAUUUCAUUGUGUCCUUUUUAUUCGCAGCUUCUCUGGAUUACGGUUGCUCUCAAACCAUAGCCAGCCUUACUUGAUUUCUUAUUGUCACUUUUAGAACUCUGUCCUUCACUCUGUAUCUCCAGUCAUGAGAUUGAACUGCACUGUCAUGUAUUGAUCUGUGCUCUCUGAGAAGAGAGGCGAUACGUGACUCAUUUCUGCAUUGCAGAACAAUAAUCUAAUAUUACAGUUACAGACUGACUUCGGCCCCCGUCCCCAAUGAUUGUGUGCAAAGUAAACCUUUCUUCAAAUGGUCAAACACUGAACUUUUAUCUUUGUUUACUGUAGUAUUAUGAAAGUAUACGAUUUUAAAUGUUAUUGAAAUGUGUUUCUUAUGCUAUUUAUUUCCUGUUAAAGCAUAACUGACCAUAACAAUCUGUAAUAACCCUACAUGUGAUGCUUGAUUGUUCAGUGUCUCUUGUUUUACCCUGAAUGCACCAUGCAUUUAAAAACGAUGGAUUUGCAUCCAUCCAGCCAUCUGAAGUGCAGCAUUAGAGAUUUGACUAUGAUUAUGGAUACUGAUCGCGUAGGAUGUGAAUUUUGUUUUUAGCUUCUAUUGAUGUUUUCUUUCCUCCAUACUGUUUUUCAGAUAAAUGCAUCUGUUUACAGUGCUAUGAAAUAAUAAUAAAUAAGUACAAAUACACAAAA